CACACGCCAUGCGCGCACUUGUUGACAAUCCAUUGCUGGAGAGUGGGCCCUUCAUGCCGUCUUGGGGGCGAUUGUUUGACCAUACUUCACCAGUCCGGGCCGUAUGCCGCUCUGCAUUUUUAAUACCACUUCAUCGUAGUGCGUUUGAUUCCCCUCUAAGCAGGUGACCGUGCAGUACUGGACUCAGCAGAGUGCAGCUGCUGCUGCUGCUCAAGCCGACCUCUUCAUCAUCAAUCUCAGACAUGAGCACCCGCCAAGACGGGAAUCACACGCAGGUGGCUGCAGACAUCCUCUGCGAGUUCCUGGAAGUUGCCGUCCACAUGAUCCUCUAUGUGCGGCAACUUUACCCGCUCGGCAUCUUUGAGAAACGCAGGAAGUACAACGUGCCCGUGCAGAUGUCUUGCCACCCAGAGGUGAACAAAUACAUCGAGGAUACUUUGCACUGCAUUCGGCCUCUGUUUGAACAGAAUGCCGUGGAGCAGUUUGUGGUGGCCAUUGUGAACAAGGAGAAUAAGCCGGUGGAGCGGUUUGUCUUCGAGAUAUCGCCACCCAACGUUGCGUCGCACAGCUUAGAUGAGAUGCUGACCGGGCUUGAGAGAGCUCUACGAGCCUUCCUGCUCAAGAUCAGCGUGGCCGACUCCAUCCUCGAGGAGAACCCUGCAGAUUGUUCUUUCACAAUAUUUGUGCACACAUUGGAGAACGCCAUGGCGAGCACAGAGGUUGUUCAAAUGCAAAAGAGCUUUCCGUUGGUCCAAGCUGAUGAAGAAGAGAUAGCGAUGUCUUCAGCAAGAAUGGUCCCUUUGAAGACCAUGUCUUCAGCCAUAUUUAAAAUGCAAAUGUAUGUGGAGGAGAGUUCAACCAAGACUUAAUAAGAACAAUAAUACAUUUUUAUAUAGCAUUGCUCAUACAAAAUUACAUCUCACAGUGCAGUACAGUACGUCCUCGGCUUACGCGGUAGAUGCGUUCCUGAAAAGUGACGUGUUAAGUGAAAAAUGCGUUUCACCAAAACAAUCUACCCAUAAAUAUUGUAACGAUAAGGUUUGCCGAGAUUCGAUGUACGACUGAACGCACACAGUGAGAUGGUGGGACAAAUAACGGAGCGUACGCCGCCACCGCCGUGUUACUGUCUCAUUCCACGUACGGAAUCAGUCUGCUCAGCUGCGCAGUUUAAGAAAGUAGUUCGUCAUCGACCGCACAGACUGCGUUCUAACGGGUGCGUUGUACGUUGUAACUUUAUUUAAAAAAAAAAAACAGAUGGGGAGCCAAUGAAGGGAAUUCAGGACCUCGUCAUUUUAGACUGAUUUAAUCUGUUCAAUAAGAGAAUUCGGGAGACCAUAUGAAAGAGAACGGCAGUAAAACAGCCUGGAGGGUACAAAGGCAUGAAUGGAUGUUUCAGCAGCCGCGUGAGUUGGAGAUGUACUAUAAAGAUGAAAGAACAUUUACAGGAAAGGCAAGAUUGGCGAGUAAAAGACAGCUCCAAAUCCAAAAUUUGUAAUUCCUUGACAAGAAUCAAGUCAGAGUUGAAUAAAUAAAGCUUGUGGUAGAAAUGUCAAUGUAUCUUUUGUUAACGAUGAGGAUACCGGUUUUCCAUACUACAGUAAUUCCUCGCCAACCACGAGGAUUAGGUUCCUGAAAACCCUUGCGGUUGGUAAAUUUGCGGUUGGUAAAGUCCAGAGGCCUAUGGGAGAAAGGGGGUUAGGGGAACCACGGCCACGGUCAGACUCAUCAUAUCUUAAGUUGCCCGUUUAUUAACUAAAGGCCGAAUAAAAUACGGUACAUUAUACAAUAACAUAAUAAAAUAUAAAGAAACAUUACAUUAACUUUACAUACCUUUAAUUUUAACGAUGACGAGAUGAUAGGGGAAGGGCUCAGCCCACCGUCUUCCUCCAGGCCACAGAUGCAAAGAGGAGUUGAUGUUUCCAAGUGGGAGAAAGUGGAUAAGGAAAAGUCGAGGACCAAGAGUAGAACACGAGAGGUUAAGAAUAUGGACCUUUUAUAGAAAUAUAAAGCAAUGUUGAUCAUAAAGAUUAGAGAACCAAGCGAGAAAAGCUUCAGAGGCUCCCACACGGCUGUGUAGGCACUCGAGGAGAAUAAAGCGGUCAAGUGUGUCGAAGGCAGCCGAUAAAUCCAGGAGAACCAAACAAGGGAGCCAGAAGAUGAUUCGGGAACACGCAAUAGAGCAGUGUUAGUUGAAUGAUGUGCCCGUAAACCAGAAUGCAGUGGAUCAUAAAAGUUCUAUUUGAUAAGGUGGCUAAAUAAAUGGAUAAGCAUGAAAUGUUCAAAGAAUCUUAGAUAUACUCUUUGGUUCUUUCGGUAAAGUCACGUAAGCCAAAGGCUUUUCCCACCUGAUGAUGGAUGCUUGUGUUGCGCCUGAAACGUCGUGAUUUAUUUUAUUUUCUACCUACGGGACUUUACCGAAAGAACCAAAGAGUAUGGAUUCCUGCAGUUGCGAAAGCUUCAAAUCAAUCUUAGAUAUGAAAGGGAAAUUAGAAAUGGGAUGAAGAUGUACUAAAUUGUGGUAGAGUGAGUUUUUUUUCUUUCAGAAUCGGGGUAACAGUUGCCAUCUUUAUUUAAUUUAGGACAAGAUGAGAAGAAAUGUUUUGAUUUGGGUUAUCUAUAGAGCAAAGAACAAUAAAUGGGGACAUUAAAGGACCCAGUCAGGAAGUGUUCUUUUUAGGUCACGAAUUAUCAAACCUAUCACCCUUUCAUCAACAAGUGACGGGAGCUCCAAGGAGGACAGAGAGGACGAGGGAGGCCUUGAUGAGUCAAAGAUGGAACAAUAGACGCUCUAAUAUCCUGCAUUAUAUUAAAACAAAUAUUUCCAAAUCAAUUUUCUCACAAAGGGCUGCAGAUGACAAUGAACUCCUGAUGGCUUUGACCAUGUGCUCCAACCCUCGCUGCCUAUAGGAAUUGCCUUCCCUCUGGACUAAGCUGUCCAUCUCGUCAUGAAUUCUGUGCACUGUAAAGUUGAGAGAACAUGCAGUAAUGUGGCUCUUUGCUGACUGCUGGCAAGCUGGGCCAUGAGGACGACGUGGCUUUGUGGUCGGUGUUAAGUUAUGGUAAUGUCAAGCGGAUCAAAGUAUCGUUCGUGACUUGACUCUGGAAUAGCUUUGGAACUCAAAAUGAAUGACAGGCAAAGCUCGUACUAAUGCUAGGCUGGUAGACUUUUGUAUUGCACGACAUUGACACGUUUAAAAAUGAACAACCAUUGUUUUUACCUAAUGCUGCACAAUGUUUGCAUGCAUGUGGGCACGCACGGGUGUGAAAGAUAUAAUAGAUAGAAGUUUGAACACAAAACCAACAAUGUAUUUGUUUCAUAUAUUUUUUUACAAUACAGUGCGUGUAGUUGGUAAAUACGAAGGUAUAAAGAGCGUCGCAAUGUGUUUAGCAAUAUUGUAUGCUGCUGAUUUCUAUACAAAUAAAAUGCUGUGGAGAUGGAG